UUCAGUCAUUCAAGCUGCUCAGCUCUGGUGGUGUGAGAGCGUUCGUUCGGUUAGGCCAUCUGGGUUCGCGUAAAACUGCAUCCUGAACCGGACUGGACCCUGAAUGAGGGAUCUUAACGCAGUGAAAUACACUUUCCCGUCCAUGCUUCAGGAAUAAGCGGCCGUUGACGGGAAGCGAACGUUUAGGCGGCAUAAGCGGCGGUGCUGUCAACGGAGAGUGGAGCUAUUACAGCAUAAAGCAUUCAAUAUAUAGAUCAACACAGAGUGCGACGAGAACCUGGGGGGGAUUUAGUAAUAAUUAAAAAGCAACUUGAUGGAUUUAGAGACCGGAAGAAACGAACUGGGGGCGAUGGGAGACCCGUUGCAGCCGCAGACCCCCAGUCGCCACGAGAAAAGUCUCGGGCUGCUCACCACCAAAUUUGUGACUCUGCUGCAGGAAGCGAAGGACGGAGUGUUGGACCUGAAAGCUGCUGCAGAUACUUUGGCUGUAAGGCAGAAGCGGCGCAUCUACGACAUCACCAAUGUUUUGGAAGGCAUUGGACUAAUAGAGAAGAAAUCCAAAAACAGCAUCCAGUGGAAGGGUGUUGGUCCAGGCUGCAACACGCGUGAAAUUGCAGACAAGCUGAUAGACCUCAAGUUGGAAUUGGAGGAUCUUGACCGGAGGGAACAUGAGCUGGACCAGCAGAGGGUUUGGGUACAACAGAGCAUCAAGAAUGUGACGGACGACUCACUGAAUAGCCCUCUGGCGUACGUAACACAUCAAGACCUCUGCAAUUGCUUCAAAGGUGACACUCUUCUAGCAAUCCGAGCUCCCUCAGGAACACAGCUGGAGGUUCCUGUGCCUGAGUCUGUCACAUUUCGCCCAGCAGCCAGCAUUGUUUUGGAUGUUCAGCAAGUUCCGUCGCAAAAUAUACGUCAUAAAAGCUGUCCAAACAGGUUACCAAGAGAACCGAACUGCAACUGUGAACACACCCUUAGUCAGGGCAAUGGACAAAAGAAGUACCAGAUUCACCUUAAGAGCUCCAUGGGCCCCAUCGAGGUCCUCCUGGUCAAUAAAGACCCCUCUAGCUCUUCUCCUGUGGUGUUGCCGGUACCCCCGCCAGAUGACAUGCUUCAGGGCCUCUCCACCCCAGCUUCAGCUACCUCUGCUGCUGACACACCCACCAAACAAGCAGCCAACAGUACGCCAUCUCCUGCCUCCACCUGCCAGAGUCCUACCACCACCCCCAACACAACCACUGCCUCUGCUGCUGCAAUAGCCACAGACAUUUCAAGCACAACCACUUCAGAUGCAACAGCCAAUCUGUCAUCUUCAGUGGGCUCCCAGCAACUGCAGUCGUCUGCUUCAUUGGACAACAGCUCUUCACUUCCUGAUUCCUCAACCCUUUUUGAACCAAUCAAAACAGACCCUUCAGAAUUGUUGGAUUUCCCCAAAGAACUUUCAGAAAUGUUUGACCCUAAAGAUAUAAGUACAGAUCUGCUGGAGGAGCUAAUGUCUUCAGAAGUUUUCUCUCCACUCCUUCGUCUGUCCCCUCCUCCGGGUGACCAUGAUUAUAUCUAUAACCUGGAUGAGACCGAGGGCCUUUGUGACCUUUUUGAUGUUCCCAUUGCCAACCUUUGACCUCCAAGCACACCAUACAAUACGAGUUGUGUACUUAAAAACUUUUAAACCCUUUUCCAAGGAGAAAAAAAGAAAGUGUGGCUCUGUGUCAGAUCCAUGUGUAUGAUAAGCUGAUUCUGUGUGUAUAUAAAGCUUUUUUUAUAUAUGUAUAUUUACUCCUCACCCAAAACAGCUGGCUGAAAGGAACUUUCCCUGCUAAAUUCAACUGAAAUACGAAGCUUUACCAGUCCCUGUUCCAUUCAUCUGAUGAAGAUAUCAGACAUCCAUAAUAGCCUGAUUCGUCAAAGCAAUCUAUAUUAGUGUGCGGCCAUUAUUUUUAUACUACUUUUGUAUAGACACAGAGGGGAUUUUUUUGUUUAUCACAGAAAUAGACUUAACUCACCAGCAGUGGUUAGUGAUUCAAAGAAAAUACCAGCUAGGUUUUUAAAGUAGCACCUUUUGUCCAAAAGCGUGGGCACGGCAUAUUUACUUAUGACUUACCUGAACCAGACUUGCAUACAGAUUAUUAAUAAGAAACUAUAUUAAUUUGUGCUAGCAACUAUCAUGCUUAUCGCAUGCUUUUAAACAAAGCAUGCCUCCGAUGUGAAGAGUUUGAAGAAAUUCAGCCAAUAGGAAACAGUUUGUUCUCAUCUUGCAGCAAAUGACAACACUUAAAAGCAGCCAGCAGAAGUAAUUAAGUUACAGUAAUAUCUGAUGAGGAAACAAGCGUAUUAGGGAGAUUGUAAGGUCACUGAUAUUGCAGAAUAGGCUAUUGUGUGGAAGCUUUACAGCUUUGCGCUAUGUAACUAAACAUUUAUUCUAUCAUCAUGCUUUUCAGAAAAAAUGAAGGGAUGCUUUAAGUGUUGGAAAAACCAUUCCUACUAUAUUCUAACUGUUUUUGGCUGUUUAGGUGUGUAGUCAUGUUAAUAAUUUGACUCACAAAAAGGCUAGCCUACAGUGUUUGUAAUGCAUUAUGAAAUGAAUGCCUUGCCUACACAACAUACGCUAUAAUUUGUAUUGAGUAUUACAUAUGAAUUUAACAUUGUUUUAACUGGAAAACUGCUGUCUAAAAACCCUGUGCAAAUGUUAAAUUAGAUGACAGUUAUUGCUAUUUUUGUAUUUUGAAACAUAAGCCCUCCCUGUUUUCAGUCCUAUCAGUAUCUGUCCUAGUCUCAACCCAUUUAUGUGUAUAGAAUCUUUUGAAAGUUAGUAACAUGUCUUCAUUAUGUCUGUAAAUGAGAAUAACUGUCUUAAGAAGGAUGUGGGUUUGGGGUGGGAAUUAAAGAGUAGUCACAAUAUGACAAGAAAUAAGAGUAUCAAAUAGAAUGUUGUUCUGUUGGCUCCUAAAUAUGUACGUACCAACUAAUUGAAAACAGAUUGUCAUUUAUUGUUAUUGUUCCAUAUAUUGUAUUGUUCUAUAUGUAUCAUUUAUGUGCUAAAUGAUAUUUUUAUGUUUGUACACAGUACAAGCAUACCAUUUAUUUUUGUACGUUAGUUUUCUGAAUGAUCUGGUUUUCAUUAGAUGAAUUGUCUGCAAUUGCUUUUGUCUAACCUCUCCACAUUGCACUUUAAAACAGUAUGAUCACACAGGUUACUUCCAGCCCUGUACUUUAAAUGGGUUGGCUUAUUCAGUUCUUUUUACAAUAUCCAGGGAGUUCUGGUAUUUUUCAUUUGCAUUCACUGUCAUUGCAUUUAUUAGUGAUUCAUCAUCGGAAUCAUUAUCCCCAUGAAAUAAAACACGUA